GAUAGGAGGGGACGGAAUGGACGGGGCGGGACUUCCCUGCCCCCAUUCCUGUCCGUCCCUCACUGACCCGCCGGCCCGCCGCCAGAACCCCGAGCCGGGAGCGGGCCGGCGGAGGCGGGAGGAAGCGGGACCAUGCCUGGGCCCCCCCGGGCCUGCCGGCUCCGCGACCUGCUGCUGACGGCGCUCGGUACGGGCGCCUUCGUGCUGGACCUGGGCGCCGACGUGUGGGCCGCGGGCCAGUACGCGCGGCAGGGCCGCCUGCUGUGGGCCGCGCUGCAGCUGGCCACGCUGGGCCUCGCCUCGGCCGUCCUGCAGCUCUUCAGCUGGGCCUGGUACCGCGGGGACCCCGCCGGCCUGCACCCGGGCCUGCCCCCGGGCCGCCGCCUGGCGCUGCUACACCUCCUGCACCUGGGCUACCUGCACAGGUGUGUCCAGGCCCUGAAAGUGGGAUUUUCCCUGUGGAGGCAGGAGGAGCCGGCUGAGAUUGACCUGGACUACGCCACCUUCAUUUCCAUGGACAUCAGUAUGUUGCGGCUCUUCGAGACCUUCCUGGAGGCCACACCGCAGCUCAUCCUGGUCCUCCACAUCACCCUGUGCACGGGCAAAGUGGAAUACUAUCAGUGGCUGGGCAUCGGUACGUCCUUUGUCUGCAUUGCGUGGGCCCUGCUGGACUAUUACCGGGCCCUCCGGAGCUGCCUCCCCAGCAAGCCUUCCCCGGGCUACCUCCCUUCUGCCGUCUACUUCCUCUGGAACCUGCUGCUGCUGUGGCCCCGGAUUGUGGCGCUGGCCCUCUUCUCCACCGUCUGGCCCAGGUACGUGGCCAUCCACUUCCUGACCCUCUGGGUGGUCCUGCUGCUCUGGGUGUGGCUGCAGAACACAGACUUCAUGGCAGGCGCCGCGGCCGAGUGGCUGUUCCGGGGCACCGUGGCCGUCAUCCUCUACUUCUCCUGGUUUAACGUGUCAGAAGGGAGCACCCUGAGCCGCAGCAUCAUCCACUUUGGCUUCCUGGUGACGGACAGCGCCCUCCUGGGCGGCACCUGGCUGGCCCACAACGUCCCGCUCCCCAGCCCUUCCCUGCUGCCAGGGCUGCUCCCCGGGGCCGCGCUCUCCUUCCUGCUGGGCCUGGGGCUGCGGGGCGCCUACUACCAGUGGCUGCACCCCAGCCGCCCGGCGGCGGCCUUAGACGAGGGCGAUGGGAGCCGCAGCUUCGCCCCGCAGCACUGGCACCAGAACAGGCGGAUGGCCAAACUCGCCCAGUGCUUCUUCCCCCUAGCUGCCCCCGCCAAGAGUGAGGGAGUGAAUGGCCACCUCUGAGCCGUCACGGGCCCGGUCUGGGGAGGCCGACUCUGGCUUCUCCUUGGAGAUGGGAGGAGUGUCCGAGGCCUCUGGGGCCGCAGGACUGGGGAGGGUAGACAAGGGGGAGACGGGGCCUUCCUGGUGUCUGCCCUCUGGCCCUUGCUCUUGAGCCAGCGCCCCCCAUGGUCGGUGGUGUUCCUGGCCAAGCUUCCGGGGCGGGGGAGGGUGUGCCAGUGUGCCUGGGCAGCGCCCAAGGCCGGCCGUACCUCCCCCUGCUGGAGCUGGGAAGGACCAACCAUCAGUGCCAAUUCAGGUGCCUGUGAGCCUCACACCACGACCAACGCGUUCCUCCUGCCUCGAGGACUGUUUGUCAGGAAGGAGACGCUUGUUCUUUGUGUCGUUUCUUUGUCCCUUCUGCCUGGGCGGGAGGGAGAGAUGCUGCUUGUGUUGGGGAGAGUCUGUUGUUUAGUGUUGUGGUUUUAUUAAAACCUCUGAAAUUGG